AAUAAAAAAAGCGCAACUUCAGCGCGCGCGCGCGGCGCAUUCCCUGCGCGUGUAUCGAAAUACAAUACACACAUUUACAUGCAUAUAGGUGAGUCUUGCAGCAGUGUAAAACGACCCAUCGAUUACUGCGUCGAAUGAAUGAAUCAACACUAAUUUAAUGGAUCGUCCGAAACAAUGAUAUACACGCGUGCAUAAGCUGCAAUUUCUCAUUCGACAACCCGUAAUCAAUUCAUUCAUCGAUUCACCAACGCUCGCAAUAAACGAGAUUUGUAUAAUCGUAGGUCGGUGUCUAAAGAUUCUAAUUACGACAGUCUAAUAGACCCUACUCAGACAAAAUUUCACAACGUCGCAUCGCCAGGAUUUAUCGCCAAAACACACACCCUACUCCGCCCAGUUCACGUCCACCCGCGCGAUAAACCUCAGCUCCGAAAAAAAUCACGCCUCGGUCCCUCCCCGAAAGAAGAAAAAAAGAAUCCACGGACAACUCGGUUAUGCAAAAGGCAGCUCGAGCAAGGAAUGCGCCUCCUGCAUCGAGGGCUCUGCCGGCACAAAAUCCUCUCUCUCUCUCUCUCUCUCUCUCUCUCUCUCUCUCUCUCUCUCUCUCUUUCUCUUAGCCGCAAGAGCGCCGUUAGGGGCAUCAUCAUCGUAUGGCAGUGCAGUGGAGCGCUCGGCGGCAUGAUGUCACGCCCGAGACGCGGCGCGGAGAGGAUAGCCGACUCGCUGCACGGAGUCUCGGCGGGAGUCGCCUGCGGCCGUCCGCGCGUGCAACACGACGACUCGGAGUCCGCUUUUAAAAUUCUCCGCGUGAGUGCGGACGUACGUAAGCCAAUACGCUCGUAUAGAGGCGAUCGACUUUCGAAUUUCCCGCCAAUUGCGACUGAUGCAUCGCAGUGUGCUGAUAUAUCCUCGUGUCUUACAGGUACACACAAUACGAUACGAGUUUGGAAUUUCGAAGGCAAAAGACGAUUGCGCGCGAGGCUAGAUCGCCUCGUGCCACUUUGUGUAUAAAGCGCGUGUGUGCAGCUGAUGCAUAUAACUUUUCCUUCGAGCGUGUGUGAUAUUGUUAUACACGCGCGACGAGGAGAAGAAAUUAAGUGCAGCGGUGUGGAUAAGCCGAAGAUUGGCGGACGAUAAGCAGAGAAAAUACAAUCGCAGAGAGAAAGAGAAGAGCGAUGCGUAAUAGCCGAUAACGCAGCCGCCGUAUAUCAGUUAUCACGAAACGCAUCCUCCCGUCGGCAUCCUGUUGCGGCGCAGAAAUUUCCUUCCUCCCACAUCGUCAUCCGUCAGCUCUUUCGACGGCAGCGCACUUUUACACAUCGCCCGAUCAAUCAUCUAAAGCGUAUACACACAGCGGCAGAUGACUAGGAGAGAAAAGAGCACACGACAGAGGAGCCAACUGUACACAUACACACGCUGCCGCUGUCAACAGUCGAUCUGACGAACGGCCGUAUUUGCACGACGGAAUGAUGCAGGACGCAGUCGUCGGCUCGACGCAGUAGUAGCAGUGCCGUUCGCCGUUUACAAGAGUCAAGAUGCAGGAGCUGAACGGAGAGUUCGCGAGCGUCCUGCGCGAUCUCGUAGACUUCCUGGAAUGCCUGAGCGAAGUCGAGCUUCCCGAGGUUCUCCAGGUCACGCACGAGUCUCUGCUGAGCCGCUCGAAGAAUAUUCUCCAGCAAUGUCCGAACGCGCCGGAUUCCCCGGAACCCUAUCUGGACAUGAACGCCGGCAAGAGUCUGCACCUCCUGCGCACGGGGAUGGGCGACGAAGCCGAGCAGCCCCAGGAGUACAUCGCCGCUGACGAGAGCCAGCGCGGCUCGCUGCAGCACUACUACGAGACCUUCCAGGACUUCUCGGGUAACGGCGCAAAUAGUAAGCCGAAAGACUGCGCCAAGACUGAAGCCGACAAGGAGAUGGAUGACGUCGUGCUGCUCUACGCGAGUUUCACGGCUAGUCAGGCCAAGAGUCGAUCCGCCAAGUCCGGCUCGCUGCUGCAUCUCAAGAGGGAGAGGAAGAUGUUCGCGCCGUUCAACGUCUUUCUGCAGGACAGACAGUGCUGGGUGAGUCUGCUCGGUUCACACCUGCUCCUCUUCGCGAACGAGCGCGAGAGUCGUCCCUACCUGGUGAUCCCUCUUCGAGGCUACAAGAGCCGUCCGGCGCCAGGAGCCCUGGCGCGAGAUCCUCGUCGUAGCGAAGGUGCGUUCGAGAUCUACUGUCCGGGCGACAGGACUUUCCAGUUCGUCGCCAAGACUGCCCAGGAGAUGAAGGAGUGGGUGGCCGCCGUUACCGAGAGUCUCGAGCCGGAGGAAUGCGGGGGACGAUCGGCAACGAGGGCCGCCACUUUCGCCGAGAUCCUGGAGCUCGAGUCGACCGAACGCAUGUGCAUCGAGAGGGUCAAGGAGGAGAAGGAGAAGUACCAGGACGUCUUGAAUUCGCCAAAGUCAAAGACCAAAGACAAGCAGCCGAUCGCGAAACCGGUUACUUCGGAAAAGGACAAGGAAAAAUCUUCCGAAAAAGCACUGACUGUGGAAGAGGAAGCUCCGCCACUACCGGUCCGAUCUCGAGAACUACCGGCUCUGCCAGCCCAGGACAGGAUCUCGUACGAGGUUCGCGAGGAGCCCUAUGACGAGGAGGGACUCUACCACAGAAUAGAGGACAUCCGUGCCCAGAGGGAGUACCAGAAUUGUCAGGCACGAUCGAGUAAGAAAAUCGAUGAUUCCAAUGCAGCCAAGAUCGAUCUCAUUCAAGAGACUUACGAUGACGUGGAGACGGUCGCUGUAAAGAGAUCGAGGACUGAAGAGCCCAUGGAAACCUACGACGACGUUCAGAGCGUCAUGAAGAGCCAGGAGGAGCCCAUAUCUUAUGACGACGUACAGAGCAUAGCAGAGGACAUCCGCGCAAAGUCCGAGAAAGAAAAGUCUCCCGCCAAGCCUUUGAAAUCGCCUAUGAAAUUGUCUUUCUUCGAUCGGGUCCGCAAUCGUAAGGAUUCCACGAAGAAGGACGACAAAAAGUCCAAAUCUCCAACCCCUCCUCUAGCCUCUUCACCGCCACCAACGUCACCGACAUCGACCACGAGUAGUAGCGAUAACAAGGCAAACGGAAACCUCGAGCUCCCUAGUUACGAUGAUGUCUCGAAUCUGAUUUCGGUCAACAAAGAGGCUUGCUCUAGUCCCCAAGGGAUGGAGGAAGAAUAUCUCUGCCCACCACCCCCGAGACCGAUUUACUCGAGACCACCGACAAUCAUCAGGUGUGCUAUAACGGAUGAGAUAUACGAUGACAUCGGCUCGUGUAUCGAGGUGAAUGGAAAUGGUUGCCAAGGCUGCGCGGGCGUCGAUGUUAUCAAGAGCUAUCCCGAGAAAAACUGCUCCUUCCUCUCAGACCUCCAGCUGAGCAUCGAUCAGGAGCACUACCAGGUCCCCAAGUCUAACAGCCGCAUAAUUCUGGAUCACCACCAAGACGAACUGUACGACGAUGUCACCCUAUCCGCGACCUUUAAAAAUCGACAGCGCGACUCCGUCACAUCUUGCGCCAGUCCAAGCGUUUGGAGUCGUUUGAGCGGUGGCAGAAGGCCUCGGUUCCUCGACUAUGUCGCUAGACAAACAUCAUUUAGCGAGUCGUCGGGGACGAAUGGAGAUGGACAUGCUGAACACCAGAACAGCGUCAAGGUCAAACCGAUACAGAAGCUCAUCAGCAAGAUGGAGACGCUGGGAAAGACAUCCAAAGCUAACGGUGUUACGAAUUGAUGAGGAGGCUAUUGUUGUUUAGGUAUUUUAGGCUGUAAUUGUGCAUAACUUGCGUUUAAUGAAAUAUUGUGUAUUUAUGAUUGCUUGUUUUUUGCAUACGUUUCAUACCAGUUGUGCUACUAUUUCAUUGAUAUUUUUAUAAAACUUAUGAUUAUUAAUUAUACGUGCGUUAAAAUUGUGUGAUAAACUACAUUAUAUUAAUCUGUUCUUCCAUGAAUUGUAAAGAGCGAAGCAUAAACUUUUGACCAGUAAAAGUUCUCGAGCAGUGAUAGACGACAGUUUUUGUAAAAUUGUAUAGUUUUAUAUAUUGAUUUCGAUACUGUGUACUGCACGCAGCGAUAUUAAACUUUUUAUAAUAAAACCUUCCAUAACAUUUA